AUGAAUAUUGAUUCGAAAACAAUGCUUAAGACUAUCAGAAUGAACAAAAUGCCAGUGUCAAUGAAACAAUUUUCCACGUCUUCCUUGAAAGGGGACUUAUUCAAAUACCAAAAGGAUUUACCAAAAUUGCCGGUUCCUGGGUUGCAGGAUACUGCUAAUAAAUAUGUGAGAUCCGUGGAGCCAUUUUUGACCAAGGAACAGUUGCAGAGAACUAAUGCCAAAAUUAGCGACUUUACAAAACCAGGUGGGAGUGGUGAAGUGUUGCAACAGCGUUUGGUUGAAUUUGCGCAAGGAAAGGAUAACUGGCUUGCGGAAUGGUGGGAUGAUUAUGCCUACAUGUCUUAUAGAGAUCCAGUUGUGCCAUAUGUGUCGUACUUUUUCUCGCACAAGGACAUCAACAACGCUAUUGGAAAGGACCAAUUGUUAAAGGCAUCGUUGAUUGCUUACUACACGCUUGAGUUCAUGGAGCUGGUUCAAAGCGAGACUUUGGAGCCUGAAAUUAUCAAGGGCAAUCCAUUCUGUAUGAAUGCCUUCAAAUACAUGUUUAACAACUCGAGGGUUCCAGCAGAGAAUUCCGAUAUUACCAAGAUGUACGAGGGAUCUGAACACAGAUAUUUUACUGUUAUUAUCAAGAAUCACUUUUACAAGGUCUACCACCAUACUAAGGAUGGUCAACAAUUAAGCAAAGCCGACAUUUACAAGCAAUUGCAAUAUAUUUUCCAGGAUGUCACAAACAAGCCAAGCGGUUCACCAAUUGGUGCAUUGACUUCACUCAAUAGAGAUGAAUGGUUAAACUCUUACAACAGCUUGACCAAGUCACCAAUCAACAAUGCGUCAUUGGAAUCGAUUUAUGCUUCAUCAUUUGUCAUUUGCUUGGACGACAACAACCCAAUUACUAUUGAAGAAAAAUCUAGAAACUGCUGGCACGGUGAUGGUCAAAAUAGAUUUUUUGACAAGCCAUUAGAAUUUUUCAUUAGUAGCAAUGGUAACUCUGGAUUUUUAGGUGAACACUCUAAGAUGGAUGCCACCCCAACUGUGCAAUUAAAUAACUUUGUUUACUCUCAAUUGGCGAAAGAAAAUCCGGCUACCGUAUUAUCUGAAAUUGCCAAUGAUACCAAGCAAUUGACUGAUUUACAAGUCGAAGCUAUUCCUCAAGUCUUACAAUUUGACAUUAACCCAGUCGUUAGAAAUGAAAUUAACCAGGCUGUCGUCAAAUUUAAUGAAACCAUUUCCUCUCUUGAUCAAGAAACAUUCCAAUACUUCGGUUACGGUAAGAACUUAAUUAAGCAAUUUAAGGUUUCUCCAGAUGCUUAUGUUCAGAUGUUAAUGCAAUUGGCUUACUUUAAGAUGACAGGUAAGAUCAGGCCAACUUACGAAUCAGCUGCUACUAGAAAAUAUUUGAAGGGAAGAACAGAAACUGGUAGACCAGUUUCUGUCGAAUCUGCCGCUUUCGUUAAGACUUGGACUGAUAAUAAUGCUACUACCGAAGACAAAGUUGCUGCUUUCCAAGCUGCUUGUAAGCAACACGUCAAGUACUUAGGUGAUGCUGCUGAUGGUAAGGGUGUUGACCGUCACUUGUUUGGUUUAAAGCAAAUGUUGAAGCCAAAUGAACCCGUUCCAGAAAUCUUUACUGACGAUGUCUACGGCUACUCUUCAUCUUGGUACCUUUCCACUUCUCAAAUUCCUUCUGAAUACUUCCAAAGUUGGGGUUUCUCUCAAGUUACAGAUGAUGGUUUUGGAUUAGCAUACUUAAUUAACUCAGAUUGGUUAAACGUUCAUAUUUCUUGCAGAAAGGGUAACGGAUUGAGAUCCGAUGUCUUAAAGUGGUACUUAGUUGAAUCUGCUAACGAAAUGAAACAGAUCUUGACUUCAAAUUUAGCUCCUAAAGCAAAAUUAUGA